UGAGAUCCGCAUCUCGUAAAAAAGUAUCUAGUAGAAUAUGCUCCACCUUCUAGGGCAUUUGCUGAUGUCACAGACCAUGCCCAGCAGCGGGUCAGGCAAGGAAGAGGAGGAGGAGCGAAGAACACUGUAGCAGCGCGACGGCGGCGCCAACAGCUGGAAUGCAGCUCUUCCUCACUGUAGCCAGGCGCAUUCUCUCUCCUCCAGAUCCUUGAUUGUCGCGCAUUUCCUAGGGGAUGGUACUACGAUCGGCGCUGUGAGCCGUGGGAAUUGGGCAGAGAUGCGGGGCUCGAUCAAUCCUCUACGCGUUCUAGCGAAGAAGACGGAGAAUUCUCAGCCGGGCGACCAGGAGGCGCCGCCGCAGGCUUUGCCCCCUCCACCAUCGUCCAAGAAGAGCAAAUGGGGGCUCUCUGGAAGUGCCAGGCGCUCGAAGAAAGCCGAGAGAGAGGUACCUGGCGACCACAAAAUAAAUAUCAAGGAUGAGGACUUGGAUUUGCUGGGGGAGAUUGUCAUGACGGGUAUGGUGGCUCCUCCAGGCACUGGCACGCAAGAUAACAUAAACAUGGCUACUGUGGAGGUCCACGCCAAGCUCACUACCAAGGCACUCAUCUGGGGUCUUCACUGUUUGAGGCUCGAAGACGUUGUCGCUGUUUCUUACAGCGACGGAAGUCGACGCUUUACAAUCCACUCGUAUCAAGUCACGAAAGAGAAAUGGAUCUCGAGCUCGCGGAGGUCUCGGAAAGAUCUACAUUUCCUAGCUCCUGAUGCCGAAGAGGUUUUGCAGUGGGUCUCUGCCUUCGCCGACCAAGGUUGCCACAUCAACUUUUUGAGGCACCCGCUCGCAUCCUCGAAGAAGAAGAGCACUGUUGUCGAUGCGGGAUCCUCUCCGUCCCCCUCGAUCAGGUGCCGGUCCCGUCCUACGGUGCUUGUCAUUCUGAAUCCUCGCUCCGGUCGUGGUCGUGCUCGCAAGGUGUUCAGUAAGGCGGAGCCAGUCCUGAAGCUGGCUGGUUUUAGACUUACAAUUGUCGAGACCACGGAUGCCCGUCACGCUCAAACACUGGCAUCUACUGUCGAUCUCUCUACUUGUCCAGAUGGAAUUAUUUGUGUUGGUGGCGACGGGAUUGUGAACGAGGUGCUGAACGGCUUACUUAGCAGAGAUAAUCCACACAGAGCAUCGGAGGUUCCCAUUGGCAUUAUCCCGGCCGGCUCUGAUAACUCGUUGGUAUGGACCGUCUUAGGUAUUCGCGAUCCCGUCUCCGCUGCUGUUGCAAUCGUGAAGGGAGGCAUGGUGGGUAUGGAUGUUCUUGGCGUGGAAUGGACUAAAACUGGUGCUGUUCAUCUUGGCUUUACAAUUGCAUAUUAUGGAUUUAUGAGUGAUGUCUUGGAGCUUUCUGGUAAAUACCAGAAAAGGUUUGGACCAUUGCGGUACUUCGUAGCAGGUGCUCUGAAGCUACUCCGUUUGCCGCAGUACAAGUGUGAAAUAGAUUUCGUCCCAGUCGACACCAAGAAAGACGAAGCCAGCGGCCCGAACGUUCGUCUGGAAGUCGACAGACAUGGAGACCUCGAGGCAGGGACCAUCGAGGCCAUCUUUUCAAGAAGCACUUCGACGGAGAAUGAUCACGAUGCUACAAACGAGCCAUCCGACUACGUCAGAGGCCUCGACGGGAAGACAAAGAAGCAACUCUCGACUCGAGCUUCCUUUCCCGGUUGCUGCACCGAGGAGGCUCUUUCCGUCCACCACGGAACAACUAGUCCGUCUCCGAGGCCACGGACGAGGUCCAAGUCGAGGUCCGAGAAAAGCUGGUCGGGGCUGAGCGUGGACGGCGAGUCGGCCAGAGUUUCGCGUGCCAACUCUGUGAUCUCUUCCAACGGGGAAGCAGAAAACGUGUCGUCGGCACCGAAGUGGGACAGUCCGGCACCGAAGUGGGACAGUCCAGCACCGAAGUGGGACAGUGCAGCACCGAAAUGGGACAGCAGUCCGGGACCGAAAUGGGACAGUCCUGUCGACUCCAGAUUCAGCUCCGAGUCGGAUAGCUUCCCACCGUCCAGUGACAGCGUGGUGCCAAAGUGGGAGCACAGGCAGGGAUAUUUUCUGGGAAUUAUGCUGUGCAACCAUCAGUGCAAGACGGUGCAGUGCCUACCAUCUCAAGUUCUUGCUCCCGGGGCGGAGCACGACGACGGGAACCUCGACUUGAUCAUCGUGCGAGCAGUGGGCCGGUUGCAACUCCUGCGUUUCUUCUGGUCGAUGCAGUUCAACCGUCACUUGAAACUACCAUUCGUCGAGUACAUCAAGGUGCGCCAAGCUAUACUAAAAACCGCAGGAAAUGAUCUUCAAGGUUGUGGGAUCGAUGGCGAGCUCCUGGAGCUAAACAGUCCGAUAUCAGCAGCGUUGCUACCGUAUCAAUGCCGCCUUAUCGGUCGUGCGAGACCCCGCCAGCAGUGAAAGAAGAUCGAGAGCACGCAGCGGUUUUCCUCUCCUAAGCUGGCUGUUCUUGAUAUCCGCCGGUGUGGUAGCGUGGAAGAAGCUCGCGCGAUCUUCGACCAUCUUCUCUCCAGCAAGGGAAGUUUGGAUCAGUCGGCAUGGGUGUCGAUGCUUUCGUUCUACGCUCGCAAUGGCCGCGUCACCGAGGCCAGAGAGCUUUUCGAUCGAAUGCCCGCCAGGAAUGUGAGCUCCUGCAAUGCCAUGCUCGCUGCCUACGCUCACAAGAAAAUGGUGUCGCAAGCUCGCAAGUUCUUCCUCGAGGAAUUUGCGGAGACCAACGUUGUUUCAUGGAACACAAUGCUGGGGCUUUAUGCCCGCGCUGGGCAUCUCCAAAAUGGCAAGAAAAUGUUCGAUUCAAUGCUCGAAAGGGAUUUAGUGUCGUGGAACACGAUCGUUA